ACAUUCGCGAUCUUAUCGGAGCUCGACAUCGAAACGCGCGCCUCAGAGGUGUUGACAGCAAAGUGCCCCUCUUGCUUGACAUCUAUUACUUCAUACAAGAUGGAGCCCUGUCCCUUUUGCACUAUCUCUCCCAAGAGCGAGAAGUCGUGGAGUUACUCCCUUGCGCGGCAUCUCUCUUUUAUGGAUGAUACCGCCGAGUUGCGUCACCCGAGCAUCUCCUCCGACACUGUACAGAACUGGCUUGGAUUCACGCCGAAAGAAUUCAACAUACUGUCAAUGAUCGAGCGAGCGCAGCUCAAAAAACGGCACUAUUUGGAGCGCUUCAAGGUUUAUUUCAAGGUCUCUUGGUCUGAUUUUAAGAAGCAGCAAGUCGUCCAUAUUAUCGCAAUCGAACAAGCUCAUCUCCCGGAACUCGAAAACCUGAACCACGCUUCGAUUUGAUCGUUCUUAUCCUGUGCCUUUGUGCAGGUUGUGAUCUUUGCGCAUAUAUCAUCUCCUAAACACCCCCAGUAUUUCUCGCGUUAACAUGCCAGGGGUGGAAACAC